AUGACGGCCGCUCCAGCGAACGACGCCGUCGAUUUGACACUGUUCGAUGUCAAUGAGCAAAUGCAAGGACCGCCUACCUGAACCGAUAAAAAAUGUUCCUGAUUUCAGCCGUUUGUACACCCGAAUUCAACAAGAACAGGCGGAUCUCGAUUUUGCCCGUCAACUCCAAGAGCAGUUCAACGAAGUCGACGAGAAUGACGGACCUCAAGCGCAUCCACAAGCUCCCGCAGUUCCUGCCGAUCCGCCAGCUCCUGUGUCGCCUGCCCAACAGACAAUUGGUGUUUCUGCUUCUGUACUUCCUGCUCGAGUGCCAAUUGAUAUUGAUGCUCCUGUGCCGCCUGCCUACGAGCCAAUUGAUGUUCGUGCUCCUGCUGCUCUCCAAUAUCUAGCUCCAGUAGUGCCUGUUGCUGAUCCAGUGGCUGGUCCAGCUGAUCAGCAACCACCUCAAGCGCCGGUUCCUGAUCUUAUUGUUCUUCGUCACUUCAGACCGCCCAGUCCAGUACCACCAAAUCCUGAAGAUCGUUUUCACGCAGGACUCGAUAAUGCGCCAGUCUCACCACGAAGACGAGCCACACAUCCACGCGAGACGCUGGUUCCCGCCAUGCAAAGGCGCUACGAACUGGUCGAACCACAGCCGAAUGGAGCUCCGGGAGACGAUGGUGAUCCGGCUGGAUAUCGGCUGAUCCACGUUCACCCGCCUGAAGCAGUUUUGGCCGUUCUGCCUCCCCCGCGAGUUCCUGGACCAGCUCCAGGGCCAGUACGAACCAGAAGAUCCAGAGGAGGCGGAGGCGGGAGGGCCAGUGGAGGACGUGCUGCAUCGCGGAUUGCAUCUUCUCCCUAUCAUAUUUCGCAGCGGAUCGGAAUGCCCGACAGAAAAUGGGGUGAAUGUCUGGUGUGCUUCGAAGCUCCGAUCGAUCCGCACGGAUGCAAUGCUUGUCUUAAAAUUAUUGGAUGUCAUGCGUGAGUAAAGUUUGGAAGAAUUGCAUAAUCCUGUCAUUUCAGAUGCGUUCUCGGCUGGCAUCGAGCGUCGCUGAGUUCGUCGUGUCCUUUGUGUCGCAACAGAUGGCAUCCACAACCCGACGUCUCCACGAUGCCCGAAAUUGAGCGUCGAACUCAGCCAAUCGGGAGAAUUGAACCGCUUCGAAUUGACCCGGCACGUGAUUGA